CUCCACAAGCCGGCGCACGGCUGGCUGCACCCCGACUCCCGGGUCCUGGGGCCCGGGGUCUCCUACAUCGUGAGGUACAUGGGCUGCAUCGAGGUCCUCCGCUCCAUGCGCUCCCUGGACUUUAACACUCGCACCCAGGUCACAAGGGAAGCCAUCAACAGGCUGCACGAAGCUGUGCCGGGUGUUCGGGGCUCCUGGAAAAAGAAGGCCCCCAACAAGGCAUUGGCCUCCAUUCUGGGCAAAAGCAACCUGCGCUUUGCUGGCAUGAGCAUUGCGGUCAACAUCUCCAUUGAUGGCCUCAAUCUUUCAGUACCAGCCACGAGACAGACCAUCGCCAACCACCAUAUGCAGUCCAUCUCCUUCGCGUCUGGCGGUGACACGGACAUGACGGAUUAUGUGGCCUAUGUCGCCAAAGACCCCAUCAAUCAGAGAGCCUGUCAUAUCCUGGAGUGCUGCAGCGGCCUCGCGCAGAGUGUCAUCAGCACAGUGGGCCAGGCCUUCGAACUACGCUUCAAGCAGUACCUACACAGUCCUCCGAAGGUGGUCGUGCCGCCUGAGAGGCUGACUGGGCUGGAGGACUCAGCUUGGGGUGAUGAGGAGGCCUUAGAACACAAUUACUACAAUAGCAUCCCAGGGAAGGAGCCUCCCCCCGGCGGGCUGGUGGACUCUCGGUUGGCUCUGUCACAACCCUGCGCCUUGAGUGCCCUUGGCCAGGGAGUGCCACCUGCUCAACGGGAUGCCCAUGGGCUGCUGUGGGACCUGGGACCCUCUGGUACAGCCCGGCCUGGGGAUGGCUAUGUGCAGGCAGAUGCCCGGGGCCCCCGUGACUAUGAAGACCACCUGUACGUCAACACACAGGGUCUGGACGCCCCAGAGAUGGAGGAGGUGGCACCCCUACAGCCCGAGGACAGCCCCCAGAGAGACUUAUUCGACAUGCGACCCUUCGAGGAUGCCCUGAAGCUCCACGGGUGUCCUGUUGCUGCGGCUGCCCCGCCUGUGGAGGACCAGUGGCCCAGUCCCCCCACCCGCCGAGCGCCCAUCGCCCCCACAGAGGAGCGGCUGCGCCAGGAGCCUUGGUACCACGGCCGCAUGAGCCGCCGGGCGGCCGAGAGGCUGCUUCGAGCGGAUGGCGACUUCCUCGUCCGCGACAGUGUCACCAAUCCAGGGCAGUACGUGCUGACCGGCAUGCACCUGGGGCAGCCCAAGCAUCUGCUGCUAGUGGACCCUGAGGGCGUGGUGCGGACGAAGGACGUGCUAUUUGAGAGCAUCAGCCACCUGAUUGAUUACCACCUGCAGAAUGGACAGCCUAUUGUGGCCGCCGAGAGCGAGCUUCACCUGCGUGGCGUGGUCAAGCGGGAGCCCUGA